AUGUCGUAUGCAUCUGGCGGUGGAUCUAGCCUACAAGGCGUCGUGAUUGGUGAUUUGAACAACGAUGCUAACCUGGAUAUCGUCUUAGCUAAUUAUGGCACUAAUAAUAUCGGCGUCCUUUAUGGAUAUGGAGAUGGUAGUUUCGAGAAUCAAAUGAUGCUCAGCGCUGGUGCGAAUUCUCAUCCGAUUUCCAUCGCGGUUGGCGACUUCAAUGGUGACGGCGUACUAGAUAUUGCUUUAGCCAAUAAUGGUAGCAAGCAUGCAGAUAUGAUGCUUGGAAAUGGAAAGGAAAAAUUUGCAAUUCAAAGAAGUUAUGAAAUUGGUUUUGAUUUACCUCCGUUAGCCAUGGCUUCUGGGGAUUUUAAUAAUGACGAACGAUCGGAGAUCGUGAUCGUUAACGGUGGAAGUAAUCAUGUGGAUAUCUUUGUUGCGUACAAUCAUGGUUCUUUUGAAAAUCAAGCAAGGUAUUCUGCUGGCUCUGCUCCACAAUCUGUAGUUGUUGGUGAUUUCAACAACGACACUCGACUAGAUAUCGUUGUCGCCAAUGGAGACAGCAAUGAUGUGAGUGUCCUUCUUGGAAAUGGAAAUGGUUCUUUUGAAAAUCAAACAAGGUAUUUAGCUGGCUCUUUUCCACAAUCUGUAGUUGUUGCUGAUUUCAACAACGACACUCGACUAGAUAUCGCUGUCCCCAAUUAUGAGAGCAAUGAUGUGAGUGUCCUUCUUGGAAAUGGAAAUGGUUCUUUUGAAAAUCAAACAAGGUAUUCAGCUGGCU